UUCUUUCCUCAGGAAGCUCAAAACGCUGUAGUCCUAGGUGCAGUCGUCAAACCUCGUACUGCAGUGGAUUUGGACUAGGUAGCCAACAGCUCGUGUCGACGACGGCGCACAGAAGAUGUUUGGAAAAAGACUCAAACACGCUGUGUCCAAGCAAAAACGGCGGUUCAUUGACGCUGAAAAUGGAUUCGACUUGGACCUCAGCUACAUUACGCCGCGGAUUAUCGCAAUGGGCUUUCCGGCGGAGAAAAUCGAAGGCGUUUACAGGAACCAUAUCAAUGAAGUAGUUCGGUUCUUGCAAGUGAAGCAUGCUGACAAGUACAAAGUAUAUAACUUGUGUUCCGAGAGAUCGUACGAUCACAACAAGUUCCAUGGAAGAGUUGCUAGGUUCCCAUUUGAUGACCAUAACGCACCGCCGUUUGAUACGAUUGAGAAAUUCUGCGAGGAUGUGCAUGAUUUCCUGAGGCUGUCGGGAGAGAAUACAGUCGCAAUCCAUUGCAAGGCUGGCAAAGGUCGGACAGGAGUCAUGAUUUGUGCGUACCUGCUGCAUAUUACUAGCAAUUUUGAGUUCUCGACCAUCCGCGAGACUCUUGAGCUCUAUGGUAAAGAGCGUACCGAGAAUGGAAAGGGAGUGACCAUUCCUAGCCAAUGGCGGUAUGUGCACUACUAUGGGUUCCUUGUCAAGAAACGUCUUGCCUACUCACCGACCAAUCUACUGUUGAAGUCUAUUAUUAUUGAAGGCAUUCCUCGAUUUAGCAAUGACUGCCCAAUGCGCUUUACCGUGAAGCAUAGCGACGGCCAGAAAACUGCUUCAAAUGUCUAUGACGCUAAACGACAUAGGCAAGGCGACUGUGUGAACAUGCCAUUUGAGUCUCCAGUACCGGUCUGCGGCGAUAUCAAAAUAGAAUUUUUCCAUUGUCCUAAAAUCAGGAAGGAGAAAAUGUUCCACUUCUGGCUAAAUACAUUCUUCGUCAACCAUGACUGCUUAGUGGACGACUGGGAUAGCACAUCCAGUCAUAGUGGCGUUCAGUCAUCUGAAAGGAAUACUAGUGUGGGAGGCGGUAUCGGCCAAAUUGAUAGCAUGCAGAGUGUAUCGAGCUCGAAUACAGCGUCAUCUGCUGAAGAGCCUGGAGGAGCAGCAGCAGCAGCAGUAGCAGAACCAGCAGCAACGCCACCAGUUGUUGCACCUGCCCCCGGGUCUGCGGCGAGCGUCCAUAGUGAGAUUGGUGCAAGUAGGUCUACAACACCUUUACCGUACUCCGGAGAGGCCGGUACGCGUAUUGUAUGCAUGCAGCAAGGCAACCUGGACAAGGCUAACAAGGACAAGCGUCAUUAUCCUAACGGGUUCAAGGUCCAUGUUGUGUUCUCCGUCGUUGGUAGCCGGCAGAACUUGGAUAGCGACAAUGGAGGGCACGAUGUGGACACCGGCAGGUCUGAUGACGACAACUUCAACUACUCCGACACAGAUCCUGAAGAUUAAGAGGAUUAGAGAAAGACCGAUCCAGUCACCAAACAACAGCACGUGCAUCAUCAUCAAGCAUCAGCAUGACACAUUCACCUCACAGCUCAUAUUUUGGCAUCAUGUAUGCCCCAUCAAGCCCGGCUAUUCUCUGCUUACACGAAGAAUACAUGCAGACACAAUUACAGCGGACUCCUGCACGUGUCCCAUUCAUAUAACAUUUCCCUUGCUUUCAGAAAUGGUCUCAGUUGAACUGAACUGCUGCACACAGUUUGUGUCCGGGACCGGUUUCUCAUUCAUAGUCUUGUUUUUAGUUCAUAAUAUUGAACUGUGGCAUUUCAUUUACUCCCCUCCGGCGUAACAUUGUCUUAAUGUGUUAAUUCAUUUGUUUGUUCGUUCGUUGCCUGAGUAUUGAAUGUUGGUUAUUUGAGGUGUCGCCUGAAAACAAAUGGGACUGCCAUCUGUCGUAGCUCUGUUUAAGAAAGCAUUCCAUGUUCAGAAUUGUUUUAUAACUGUGCUCUUCUCUCCUCUCCUCACUGUGGUGUACUUGACACACACUGGAUCCCUGUACCAUCCUAUUGUCUGUUUGUUUCUGUCGUGUGUGACUGUCUAUGCUCUACUGUUACUACUGCUCCAACUACUAUUGUCUACUUCGUUUACUGAGAGACAAAAAAAACUACAAGCCCGUUGCUUAUCAACUUUCUUUGUA